CCGCCUAGAACGAGACUUCAACAUGGAGCCCGAGGACCUGCCUUGGCCAGGCGAGCUGGAGGAGGAGGAGGAGGAGGAGGCGGCGGCGGCGGCGGAGCCUGAAGAGACAGCGAACUUGGAUGAGAUCGUGGUGGUGGAGGAGGUGGAGGACGAGACCAGGCCAGAGUUGAACUCCGACUCUAACUACGAGUUCCAGCGUCGGGAGAGCACUGACGACGAUGAGGAGGACGACGAGGCCAAGGCCUGGCUGCAGGCGCACCCGGGCGGGACGCUGCCCCCGCCGCCGCCCCCGAGGUACCGCUACUCGGAGGGAGAGCGUGCCUCCCUUGAGGUUCCAUUGACCUGUCGUGUAUGGCAACAGUCAUUGUAUCAAGGCAGUAGUAGAACACAAAUUUCUGAUACUAACGCUGUCUCUUUGGAAACAACAACUCAGUGGGGUUCUGGGGAUGAUCAGAAAACAGAAUCUUGGCAUUGUCUUCCUCAAGAAACGGACUCUUCCCAAACCCUGGAUACAUCUCAGACCAGGUUUAAUGUGAGAACAGAAGGGAUCGAAGUGACAGACUUCUCUUCUCUUGAGGAAAGUGUGUUGAGCCAAUCAGAAAAUCAAGCAAAGGAAUCCAACAGAGAUAGAGAUCUUUUAUGUUCUCCGUUGCUAGUCAUACAAGAUAACUUUGCUUCUCCUGAUUUGCCUUUGCUGACGUGUAUGACACAAGACCAAGAGUUUGGGGCUGAUUCCUUAUUUCACCAAAGUGAAGUAGAGUUUGCACCUCUGAGGGGAAUUCCUGAUAAGUCUGAAGAUACUGAAUGGUUUUCCCGACCAUCUGAAGUUAGUGAAGCUUUAUUCCAGGCUACCUCAGAAGUAGCCUCCGACUUAGUUAACAGCUACCUUAGUAUUUCUCAGCAUCCACUUAUAAGUACCCCGGCUGCUGGGUCUCAGCACUCUCUUUUACCUCCUGAACAAGAGAAUAAGGAAGAGAGUAUUUCAUCUGAUACUGCUGAUGAACAGAAAACAUUCAAAGACUCUGAUAAUUACGAUGCUGCUUCUUCAUAUAUGUCAUGGAAGACACGAAAAGAUAUGCAGCAGUCAGAAACCAAUUUAGCUGAUAAAGAUCAAGUUUCAACUUCAGCGUCAUCUGAAGUAAGUGAAGAAACCAUAGCUUUUAAAAGAAGUGACAGUUUUGAUGCUGCUUGUUCACAUGUGCAGUUUUGGAAACAGGAAACUUUACAGCAGGCAGAAACACAUCCAACUAAUCAGGACCGUGUUUCUUUUCCACAUGAAAUUACUCCUCCUCCUCCUAAUAGAAUGUCAUAUUCUUUCUUGCGAUGUUUGUUGGAAGGAAGAAGAAAAGGGAUUCCCUUGACUUCAGAUAGUCGUUACCUGGAGAGUGUUUGUUUAAGGGCCCCAGCUGAGAACGGGGUGAAACAAAAUGUGGAUUCUUUGGGAGGUUAUGAAGGAAAGGAAGAUCUGCAGAAAGAAGUAUUUCCGUGUCUUAAACAAAAGGAGACCAAAAAUAACUUCCUGUCUUCAGAGGUGCAUCCCAGACCUUCAGAAAUACCGUAUAUUGGGAAGGUUAUAGUUCCUGAUAAUUCUGUAAAAGUUUCGGAAGCAUAUAUACUUUCCAGGGGACAUGAUCUUUCUAAGAUGGAGGCUUCCGGUGGUCCUCUUCAGACUGUUAAAUCCAACUUGGAUGAGACAUCAGAACAACUGUAUUUUGAAGAGGAAAGAAACCAAAAGACAACUUCUGUUUUUGAGGGCCCGCAGGGGAAGGCUGCGUCUGAGGUCAUUACAGUGGAUGAUGGUACUGAGUGCUGUAACCCAGAUGAAAAUGCUGUUGUGUGCAGUCAAAGAGUUGCUGAACUACAAAGCGAGACAUGUGAGCAACAUGAUGUGACUGGUGAGUGCACUGAGCUAGCAGCUUUAGAAAAUUUGCUCGAUGAUCUUUGUGACAGCUCCCAGGAUUGGCAACCUGCUUCACAACAGCCAUCCGAGGAAGAGAGCAAUUUUCAAGAGCCUGUAAGUCAUUCUAAUCUGGGCAUUAAUCAGUCUUUUUCAUCUAUAUUGCCUCCAUUUGUUCCUCAUGAGCCAACCAGAGAGUCAGAAUAUCAUUCUUCAAAUCUCAGAAUGUUGAGGGUAUCUCCUGACGCUGUGCCAAAGACUCUCAAACAUUUAGCAGGAGACGCUUCUAAAGGAGGCCUAGUUGAAAUCACUCAGUCCAACUUGAAAUCAGGGAUUACUACCACUCCUGGAGAUUCAGACAUUGGAUCUCGUUUAUCUUCAUCUCCUGAGGACGUGCCUCAGUUGGUUGUGCAUUCUCAAGAAGAGGCUACUACUGGUGAACACGCUGAUCUUCUUCACCAGAAGGCAUUGACAAAUAGUCAGCUAGCUGAAGAGCCUCUGAAAGUUCCAGCUGUUCCUGUCCUAGCUGACCAGAAGACUGGGACAGCCCCAGUACCUUCUCCUUUCUAUUCACAGAGAGAGAAGCCUGGUAUUUUCUAUCAGCAGGCCUUACCAGACAGUCAUCUAACUGAGGAGUCACGGAAGGCUUCAGCUGUCCCUACACCAACUGACCAGAAGACUGGGAAAGGAAUAGUACAACCUAGUUCCCACUCCUAUAGAGAGAAGCCCAACACCUUCUAUCAGCAGACUGUGCCAGACAGUCAUCUACCUGAAGAGGCUCUGAAAGUUUCUGCUGCCUCCGAACCAGCUGAUCAGAAGACCAGCAUACCAACUGUAACCUCGACUUCCUACUCAGGUAGAGAGGAGCCUGGUAUUUUCUACCAGCAGAGCUUCCCAGGUAGUCGUCUACCUGAAGAGGUUGUGAGAGUUUCAGCUGCUCCUCAAUCAGCUGACCAGAAGACUGGAAUACCAACUGUAACCUUUCCUUCCUACUCACAGAGAGAGGAGCCCAGUGUUUUCGAUCAACAAGAGCUGCCGGAGAGUCAUUUCAUUGAGGAGGCUCCGAGUGUUUCAGCAGCUGCUAGACCAGCUGACCAGAAGACUGGGACACCAACUGUAGCCUCUACUUCCUACUCACAUGGAGAGAAGCCUCGUAUUUUUUAUCAACAGGUGUUGCCAGAAAGCCAUAUACCUGAUCGCACUUUGAAAUUUUCUGCUGUUCCUGGACCUGUUGACCAGAAGACUGGGACAACAACAGUACCAUCUACCACCUACUCACAGAGAGGGAAGCCUGGUAUUUUGUACCAACAACAGUUGCCAGACAGUCAUCAAAUUGAAGAAGCCCGGAAGUUUUCAGCUGCCUUUGGGUCUGCUGACCAGAAGACUGGGACAACAACAGUACCCUCUACAUCCUACUCACAGAGAGGGAAGCCUGGUAUUUUCUACCAACAAGAGUUGCCAGACAGUCAUCAAAUUGAAGAAGCCCGGAAGUUUUCAGCUGCUUAUGGACCAGCUGACCAGAAGACUAUAAUACCAACCAUACACUCAUGGAGUGAAAAGCCUGUCAUUUUCUACCCACAGGCCUUACCAGACAGUCAUCAAACUGAGGAGGCUCUGAAAGUUUCGUCUGUUUCUGGAGAGGCUGACCAGAAGACUGGGAUACCAACUAUAAGCUCUACUUCCUACUCACAUAAAGAGAAGCCUAGCAUUUUCUACCAACAGACAUUACCAGAUAGUAAUAAAACUGAGGAGGCUCUGAAAGUUUCAGUUGCUCUUGCUCCAGGUGACCAGAAGACUGGAUCACCAGCUGAAUUGUCUAGUCCCUACUCUCAUAGAAAGCAGCCCAUUCUUUUCUCCCAGCAGACCCUACCAGAUAGUCAUCUACCUGAAGAAGGUCUGAAAGUUUCAGCUGUUUUUGGAUCAGCUGAGCAGAAGGCUGAAAUAGCAGCAGUAUCCUCUAGUGCCUACUCACAUAGAGACAAAUCAGGCGUUGUCUUCCAAAGGGAGUUGUCAGACAGUCAUCUGGCUAAAGAGGCUCUGAAAGUUUCAGUUGGUACUAGAGUAGCUGACCAAAAGACUGGGAUACCAACAGGAUCUUCAGGUUCCUACUCACAUAGAGAGAAGCCCAGUAUUUUUUAUCAGCAGGUAUUGCCAGAUAGUCAUCCAACUGAAAAGCCUCUGAAGGUUUCUGUUGUCCCUGGACUUGUUGACCAGAAUACCGGGAUCCCAACAGUACCCUCUGCUUCGUACUCACAGAGACAGAAGCCUGUUAUUUUCUACCAACAGACCCUGCCAGAUAGUAGUAUACCUGAAGAGGCUCUGAAAGUUUCAGCUGUUCCUGGACCAGCUGACAAGACAUUUGGGAUACAAACUGUAACCUCUACUCCCUACUCACAGAGAGAAAAGCCCAGUAUUUUCUAUCAACAGAAGUUGCCAGAGACUCCCCUAACUGAAGAGUCUUUGAAACUUUUAGGUGCUCCUCGACAAGCCGACCAGAGGACAGGGAUAUCAACAGCAUCCUCUGCUCUCUACUCACAAAGAGAGAAGCCUGGUGUUUUCUACCCACAGUCAUUGCCAGGCACUCAUUUACCUGGAGAGUCUCCGAAGGUUUCAGCUGCUCCUGGAUCAGCUGGCCAUAAGACUGGGACAGCAACAGUACCUUCAAGUUCCUACUCACUUGGAGAGAAGUCCAUUAUUUUCUAUCAACAGCCUGAUGGCCAUAUACCUGAAGAGGCUCUGAAUGUUUCAGCUUCUCUUGUAUCAGUUGAGCAGAAGACUGGAAUACCAACUGUAAUCUCUCCUUCCCACUCACAUAAAGGGGAGACUGGUAUUUUUUACCAGAACGUAUCAGGUAGUCGUCUGCUUGAAGAGGCCCUGAAAGUUUCUGCUGCUCCUGGGCCAGCCGACCAGAAGGUGAGGACAUCAACAGUAUCCUCUACUUCCUACUCACUUGGAGAGAAGGCCAUUAUUUUCUAUGAGCAGGCUGUGCCAGAUAGUCAUCCACCUGAAGAGGAUCUGAAAGGCCUAGUUGUUUCAGGCCCAACUGAACGAAAGACUGACAUACCAACCUUGCCUUCAAGUUCCUACUCUCUUGGAGAGAAACCCAUUAUUUUCCACCGUCAAGCCUUACCAGGUAGUCCUUUAACUAAAGAAGCCUUGAAAACUGCAGCUGUUCCUGAGCCAGCAGACCAGAAGAGUGGGACUCCUCUAGUGUCCUCUACUGCCCACUCACUUGGAGAGAAGCCUAUUAUUUUCUACCAGCAGGCACUGUCAGACAGUCAGCUAACUACAGAAACUCUGAAAGUUUCAGCUGUUCCUGGACCAGUUGAUCAGAAGACUGGGACACCUUUCUACUCACAUAGAGAAAAGCCUGUUAUUUCUUACCAACAGGAGUUGCCGGAUAGUCAUCCAACUGAAAAGGCUCUGAAAGUUUCAAUUGUUCCAGGACCAACUGACCCCAAGACUGGUAAACCAGUGGUAAUCUCUGCUACCUAUCCACAUAGAGAGAAGCCCAAUGUUUCUUACCAGCAAGAGCUACCAGAUCUCACUGAAGCAGCUUUGAAAAUUUUAGGAGUUUCUGGACCUGCUGACCACAAAACUGGAAUAGUGCCCUCUACCCCUUACUCACAGGGAGAGCAGUCCAUCGAUUCAUACCAGCAGCAAUUGCCAGAUCUUACUGAAGUAGCUCUGAAAUCAGUCGGGGUUCCUGGACCUGCUGAUCAGAAGAUAGAAAUAGCAUCCCCUGGUUCCUACACACGAAAAGAGAAGUCCAGUAUUGUUCAUCAACAGGAGUUGCCAGGUGUUACUAAAGAAGCUGUAGAUGUUUUUGAUCUUCCUGGACUAAGUGACCAGAAGACUGGGAUACCAACAGGACCUUCUGUUAGCUACUCUGACGGACAGAAGCCCAAGGAUUUUUAUGAACAGGCCUUGCCAGAUAGUCAGGUAACUGAAGAGACUCUGAGGGCUUCAGCUGUUCCUGGACUAGCUGAUCAGAAUAGGACACCUGCAGUCCCAUCUAGUUCCUAUCAGCACAAAGAGAAACUCAAGACUUCACCUGUGAAUGUACUGGAUGAUCAGAAGACUGAAUUAUCAACAACUGCUCAUAGUUCCUACUCACAUGGAGAGAAGCCUAAAGUUUCAACUGUGAUUGGACCAGAUGACCAGAAGCCUCCGUUACAGACAAGUUUUCGUAGUUCCUAUUCUCAAAGAAUAAAGCCUAGUGUUUUAUUUCAACAGCAGUUGCCAGAUAGAGAUCAAAGUGGAGAUACCGUAAAAAUUUCACCUGUUCCUGAACCAGCUGAGGUAAAUGCUGGAAUACCAAUACCACUCUCUAGUUCCCACUUACACAGAGAGAAACCUCGAAUAGUCUACCCUCAGGAAUUGCCAAACAAACAUCUAACUGAAGAUGCACUAAAGGUUUCAACAGUUCCUGGGCCAGCUGACCAGAAAACAGUGUUACCAACAACUCCCCCUAGUUCCUUUUCACACAGAGAGAAACCAAGUAUUUUCUAUCCAAAGGAUUUGUCAGAUAGACAUCUAACUGAAGAUGCUCUGAAGGUCUCAAGUGGUCUUGGUAAAGUUGAUCAAAUAACUGGGUUACCUACAGUUUCCCCUGGAACUUAUUCACACGGUGAGAAGCAUGUUGUUUCAGAACAUGUCCAAAGGCUAAUCGAUAAUUUGCAGUCUUCUGACUCCAGUGUUAUCUCAAACGGUAUGCCUUUAAAUUCUCUGGCUGAUGAUAGGGUUAUAAUAAAUAAGCCAGAGUUUUCAGGUUUGGGGGAUAUUGGCUCUGAGGAAAUCCAGGAUACAGACAGUAGUUCCAAAACUCUCAAAGAAAUUCAGACACUUUUAAUGGAGGCAGAAAAUCUCGCAUUGAAACGAUGCAAUUUUUCUGCUCCCCUUGUCCCUUUUAGAGAUGUUAGUGAUAUUUCAUUUGUACAAUCUAAGAAGGUAGUUUGCUUCAAAGAACCCUCCGUAACUGAUAUAUCUGAUGGCAGUUUGCUUCAGAGACAGCCAUUCAGAGAGGAGAGCCCAAGCAACAAAUGCAUACUGAAGGAUACUGGCACACAGACAAGUUUGAAAUGCCAGAGAGGCGUUGAAAAUUGGGAGUUUAUUAGUUCAACUACAGUUAGAAGUCCUCUGCAGGAAGCAGAAUACAAAGCCAGAGUGGCAUUAGAUGAGACUCUUAGGCACUAUGAAGCAGCCAAAUCAGUUUUGAGGUCUGAACCUGAAGGGUAUAGUGGAACCAUCGGGAAGAAAAUUAUUAUUCCUGUGAUGAGUAUUAUAAAAAGUGACUCAAGUACUGAUACAAGUGAUGAAAAUGCUUCCUGCUCAUGGGAAAGUAAUGUACCAGAGUCUUUGGAAUCAGUUUCUGAUGUUCUUCUAAACUUCUUUCCAUAUGCUUCAGCUAAGUCAAGCAUGGAAGAUAGCAGAGAGGAAGAGGGUGUGUCAGAGAGUGAUGAUUGUGGUGGUAGUAUAGAUUCGCUGGCUGCACAUGUGAAAAAUCUUCUGCAAUGUGAGUCGUCAUUGAAUCACGCUAAAGAGAUACUUAGAAAUGCAGAAGAAGAAGAGUGUCGGGUACGAGCACGAGCACGAGCCUGGAAUAUGAAGUUUAAUUUAGCACACGAGUGUGGAUACUCCAUUUCAGAAUUAAAUGAAGACGACAGGAGGAAAGUAGAAGAGAUCAAGGCAGAGUUGUUUGGUCAUGGGAGAACAACUGACUUGUCCAAGGGUUUCCAGAGUCCACGGGGAAUAGGAUGUAGCCCGGAAGCUGUAUGUGGCCACAUUAUUAUUGAAAGCCAUGAAAAAGGGUGUUUCCGGACUCUUACUGCUGAACAGCCACAAUUGGACAGUCAUCCUUGUGUUUUCAGACCUGCCGAACCAUUACAAAUGAUCAGAGGACAUCGGAGUGCAUCACCCUGCACAGCGAGGCACAUCAGCCUUUCUCAGUCACCAGACCAGAGUAACCCCCAUUUCAAAGUUUGGAAUUCCUUGCGCUUGGAAAGUCCUUCUCCACUUGGAAUACCUGAAGACUUCAAAAUUAGCAAGAGUCUUCGAAUGCCAUUCCAUGAACCUACUUGUAUGCCACCUAAAGAAAUGAAUUUUCAUUCUUUAUCACAAAUGCUGCCCUCAGAACCUAUGAAAGAGUUUACUACCUCCAUCACUUUUUCAUCUCACCGACAUUCUAAAUGUGUUUCAGAUUCUUCUAUUCUUAAGGUUGGUGUUACUGAAAGUAGCCCGUGUACUGGAGCAUCUAUGGGAGUAUUUAAUUCUCAAGAGGAAAAUCCUCCCAGAGAUCUAAUACAGAAAGCUUCUGCCCCUUCAUCACUUAAAAAACCUAGUCAUUUACCAAAUAAAACUGUGACUAUUUUAGCAGAAGGUAGUAGGCAAAGCCAAAAAUUACCUGUAAAUCUUGAGCAUUCUCACCAAGAAGAAAAACUCAUAGAAAGAUCAGAUUUUAAAGUCAGUUUUUCUGAGCCCAGUACCAGUGCCAGUUGUAGUAAUUACAAGGAAAUCCAGUUUUCUGAUAAUCAGACCCUCAUUAGCAUGGACAGACCAAGUUCCACAGUAGGAAUUGAGAAGAACGUAACUAUAAUUCCAGAUCUUCCUUCGCACAUUUUUCUUGAACAACGAGAGCUCUUUGAACAAAGCAAAACCCCACAUGCAGAUCACCAAGUGAGAAAACACCAUUCUCCCCCUUCUCCAGACAUUCCUUCUUCCAUUUUUCUUGAACAACGAGAACUCUUUGAACGGUGCAAAUCCCCAUACAUAGAUCAUCCGUUGAGAGAAAGCCAUUCUCUCUUUCCUCAAGGUCAGGAAUGUAUAGCUUCAGACCUUCCUUCUCCCAUUUUUCUUGAACAACGUCAAAGCAAAGCCCCAUGUAUAGAUGACCACAUGAGAAAACACCAUUUCCCCCUUUCUCAAGGUCAGGAUUGUGUAGUGGAAAAGGAUAAUCAACUUAAGCCUAUUUCAUACAUUUCUAAUAUAAAUGUUGAAGCCAAGUUCACUAAUGUGGUCUCCCAGUUGGUUCCAGAUCACUGUACAUUAGCAACAUCUGCAUCUACUCCACCUUCAAAUAGAAAAGCACUUUCUUGUGUUCGUAUAACUCUUUGUCCCAAGACUCCUUCCACGUUGGAAAGUGGAACAUUAGAUAAGAGAUUUCAUUCAUUGGAUCCUGCUUGUAAAACAAGGAUGAAUAGUGAGUUUGACUCUGACCUACAAACUCUGUCUUCAAGAUCAUUGGAACCAACCUCCAAAUUACUGACCUGUAAACCUGUAGCACAGAAUCAAGAAUGUUUAGAUUUUCUAGGACCUAUUUCUCCAUUGGACUUCCAAGUCAUACAGUCUCCUCUUCCAGACAGUAGUACUAUUGCUCAGAACUUGAAAACCAUGCCUUCUCAGAAUAGCCAGUUAGUAACCUCAAGGCAAAUACAAGUGAACAUUUCAGAUUUGGAAGCAUAUUCCAGUCCAGAGGGGACUCCAGUAUCUGCUGAUCGAUUUCUAGAGGAGAGUAAAACCCCUUUUUCUGGAAAAAUAUCAUCUGAUGCCGUCACUCAGAUAACUACAGAAAGUCCAGAAAAGACCAUGUUCUCAUCUGAGAUUUUUAUUAAUGCUAAAGAUGAUGGCAGUGAAAUUCCAGAGCCCAGAACCCAAAAGGUGCCCAAACCUCCUGUCAGGUUUGCUUCAUCAUCCUCAGUUCAACAGAUCACUCCUACUAGUGGCACAGACGCCCAGCCUGAACUAUUGCCAUACAAGCCAUCUGGCAGUUCGAAGAUGUACUAUGUUCCACAGUUAGGAAAGACUCCUUCAUUUCCAGAUUCCAAAUCAGACACCACCAUUGAGAGCUCACAUUCAGGAUCCAAUGAUGCUAUUGCUCCAGACUUCCCUGUUCAGGUGCUAGGCACAAGGGAUGAUGAACUUCCAGACACUGUAAACAUUAAACAUAAAGAAGGGAUCUAUAGUAAGAGGGCGAAGUCUAAGCCGUCCUUGUCAUUGGAGAAAAUUCCCUUUCCAAAAGAUAAUGCAGAUUCUUCAGUUCCACUGCCCAUCACUGGGGAUGAGAACCUUGCAAACAAAAAGCAGGAAGAGGAGAUCCACAGUAAAAAGGCAGUGCCCAAAACUGCCCAGCCGGAAGAAAGCAAACCCUUGCAGAAGGAAGCUGCAGGUUCCGGUGGUCCUACUGCUCCAGAGCACUCAGCUCAAGUACAAGACACAAAGUUGGGCAGCCUAUCAGACUCUAAGGUCAUUAAACAGAAAGAGGAGAUCCAUAUGAAGGGCACUAUUCCCAAGAAAGCCUGGCUGGAAGAUAAAGAGUCCUUAGAGAUAGAUAUUGCAGAAUCUGAAAGUCACUCAGAAUUUGAAAAUACCACCCAUUCUGUCUUCAGGUCAGCCAAGUUUUACUUUCAUCAUCCAGUGCACCUAGCAAGUGACCAAGAUUUUUGUCAUGAAUCUGUGGGAAGGAGUGUGUUGGUGCAGCAUUCUUGGAAGGAUUUCUUUCAGCAUCAUUCAGACAAGCAUAGAGAACACACUUACCUUCCUCCCCCAUUUCAAAGUGUGGACAAGACUCAGACUGACUAUACCAGAAUAAAGAGCCUCAGCAUCAAUUUGAAUUUGGGAAACAAAGAAGUGAUACAUACUACUAAAAGUCAGGCUAGAGAUUAUCUGAAAAGCAGCAGACAAAUUAAUGACCCAAAAAAGGAACAUAAAGUCACCCGAGAGGUAACAACCCAGCAUACCUCGAAUCUAAAUGAACUCUGGAACAAGUAUCAGGAACGACAAAAGCAACAGAAACUGCCUGGGUUCAUUGACGGGAAAGAACUGUCUUUGGUGGAGCGACUGGAUCGCUUGGCUAAACUUCUUCAGAAUCCCAUCACACAUUCUCUCCAUGCCUCUGAAAGCACACAAGAUGAUAGCAGAGGGGAGCGCGAUGUUAGGGAAUGGAGCGGUAAACAUCAACCACAGAAAAGCAAGCUUCAGAAAAAGAAGCGGUAUAAAAGCCUAGGAGAUCUUAAACAUAGAAACAUAAGCGAUCUUAAAAAAAGCAAGGUGCUUUCUCAUCAUGCUGGGAGGCCCAGUCAGAUUAAAAUUGAACAGAUUAAAUUUGAUAAAUACAUUCUGAGAAAACAGCCAGGUUUUAAUUAUAUAAGCAACACUUCUUCAGAGUCUAGGCCCUCAGAGGAAAGUGAGCUACUCACAGAUACCACCACCAACAUUCUUUCCACCACCACUUCUGUGGAUUCAGAUAUAUUGACCCAAACAGAUAGAGAGGUAACUUUGCGUGAAAGGAGUAGUUCUAUUUCCACCAUUGACACGGCCCGAUUGAUCCAAGCUUUCGGCCACGAAAGAGUAUGUAUGUCACCCAGGCGAAUUAAGUUAUACAGCAGCACCACCAACCAACAGAGAAGAUACCUUGAGAAGCGGUGUAAGCACAACAAGAAAGCAUUGAAUGUUGGGCAUCCCCAAAUGACUUCUGAGCACACGAGAAGGAAACGCAUCCAGGAGGAAAACCAGAUGAUUUCUUCUGACUCUGUUUCAUCUUCUGCUGGUACUUUCUUGAGCUCGAACUCUACCAUUUGCAACAAGCAAAAUGUACACAUGUUAAACAAGGGCGUACAAGCAGGUCACUUGGAGAUUGUGAAUGGUGCCAGAAAACACACUCGAGACGUUGGCGUGACUUUCCCGACUCCAAGUUCUAGCGAAGCCAGAUUAGAAGAGGAUAGUGAUGUGACUUCCUGGUCAGAAGAAAAAAUUGAGGAAAAGAUGCUCUUUACCAAUUAUCUUGGAGACAAAAAGUUAAGGAAGAGCAAACAGAAUUCCUGUGAAGGAGUUUCAUGGUUUGUUCCUGUGGAAGAUGUGAAGUUUGAAUCUAAGAAGGAAAACCUGCCCAAGAUUUGUGGCCCCGGUGUCUCCUGGUUUGAACCAAUAACCAAAAUCAAACCCUGGAGGGAACCGCUGCGGGAACAGAACUGGCAGGGACAGCGUGUGGCCGACUGGGGGUCACUGGCAGGCCCAAGCCAAGAUCAUGGUCGGGACACACCAAGGCCGUUUGUGAGAGCAACUCUACAGGAAGCACUGCAGCUCCACAGACCUGACUUCAUCUCCCGCUCUGGGGAGCGGAUAAAGCGCCUGAGGCUAAUUGUGCAGGAACGGAAGCUGCAGAAUGUGUUGCAGAGUGAGCGGGAUGCGCUGUUCAAUGCCCCGGCCCCCCUGCCCGAGAGAGUGCUCCUGGCUGCCCAGAAGACCAAGCCCAUUGGGAAGAAGGAGAUGAUUCAGAGGUCUAAACGGAUGUAUGAGCAGCUGCCAGAAGUCCAGAAAAAGAGAGAAGAGGAGAAGAGGAGACUGGAAUAUAAGACGUACCGGCUGCGAGCCCAGCUGUAUAAAAAGAAAGUGACCAAUCAACUCCUGGGGAGGAAAGUCCCCUGGGACUGACAAGAUUAUUUUCCUUAGAGCCCUAUUAUAUUUUGUGAACCCAGAGAUGUACAACCCCUACUUUUAUGAGUCUGGUUUAAAUAAAGCUCACUCUGUCCAUGUGUAAUUCACAAAUAAUAAUUUACUAAAGAGCCGGGGGCGGGUGCUGAUGAAAGCCAGCGCUGGUUUGGGAGCAGAGCUUCAUCCGUGGAGGACUCGCGCCCACGCGGAUUAUGUGUCACGGUGAUACUCUCUCCUCAUUCCAACUGGAAAUGAGUCCCUUUUUAAAUGUGUUUUUAUACUUUUAAGAAAAUAAAUAACUUUUGAUUAACUUG